CAGCAACAAACCGCCCCGAAGAGUUAGUCACAAGCGAAACGCAACCUGCAACAGGUCCAAGUUCGUACGAGUCCCGCGUUGGUUCGGUUCAGUAGUUUUUUAAUUUUGUUAGUCCGUAUUAGCAAACUGCAAAGUGCAAGAUGAACACAGGAUUUAACUGGAUUCCGUGGACCUCACACCAGGGCAUUCCACCGGCAGCGGUGUACGCCGGAAACGACCAGGACGGUUCGCCGAUCUACGUGGGCCGGGCGUACCACGAGGGUGACCAGCUGCCGGCGAAGGUGAUCCCGUCCAAGCAGGCGGCCUAUGUCUCGCACAAUGGUAUGGAGAUAUUUAAGUCACACUUUGAGGUUCUCACGGGCACCGGAUUCACCUGGGUUGGUAGCGGUAAUGGACACGUUCCAGCGGGUGCAGUGCUGGCCGGCAAUACGACGACCGGUGAGCAGCUGUACGUUGGACGUACCCAUCACGAGGGCAGUUUGACACCGGGCAAGGUUCACCGGUCCCACGGAUGUCUCUACAUUCCGUUCAACGGUGCAGAACAAAGCUUCCUGUCCUAUGAAGUGCUCGUUGGACAGCAGCGCUCGAACUGGCAACACUGCUCGGCACAUGCUCCGAUGCCCCCGAACGCUAUCCUGGCCGGACACGACUCGGACAGCUCACCGAUCUACGUGGGCCGCGCCUACCACGAGGGUGAUCAGCUCCCGGCGAAGGUCCUGCCCACCAAGCAGAUCGCGUACGUUUGCCACAACGGACAGGAAAUUCCGAAACACUCGUUCGAGGUGCUGGUCGGUGGUAACGUGUCCUGGGUACCGUCCGGAUUCGGUAGCGUACCACCGAAUGCCGUCUUCGGUGGACGCACUACCAGUGGGGAGGCGUUGUACAUUGGCCGGACGCACUAUAUGGGCAGCUUGACGCCGGGAAAAAUUCACCCCAGCCACCAGACGCUCUACAUCCCAUACGGGGGCAGUGAGAUCCCGAUCAAGAACUACGAAGUGCUGAUCGAGCACUGAUGAACGGUGGGAGUGUUCGAUCCCAAGUCUAGCCGGGUUUAUGACAUGCCUUCCGUUUUGCUUCUUUCGCAUAUAAAAUGGUCGAACUAGUAUCGUAAAAUGCA